UCCUCCUUCUCAGUGGCAUCGAUCACCCUUCAUACUGUACGCGGCAACAACACACCGAGACGCUACUGGAGAAGGAAAGAGGAUCAGUCGACGCCGUGGAUAUGAUCUAAAAUAAUAUCCGAAGAGGCAAACAAUACACCUUUCUCCCAAAUAGCACAUUGAUUCGAAAGGUGGAAAACUGCCAACAAGAUUACUAUUAUUCAAAUUCACCCUACCCGAGCGACCCCCCCCCCUCCCCCUACUCCACCCUAGCUACCGAGAUGCACACCGAGACUCGAAGCAAGAAAUGCCUGUCGAGUCCUAAGGCCAGUGGUGGUGCCAGCUCCCAACCACAACCCAAGGAGCCCCAACCCAAGAAGGAGUCCCAACCCCAGCAGCCCAAGUUGCCCAAGAAGGAACCCAAGACGGAGCUCCAGACAACGGCUGAAGUAGGUGAGGAGUGUCCCCAGCCUACAGACCUGAAGAUCAAGAUAGAGAAGACCCAGCCUGUGUCUCCCCCUCUACUCUCCACAGCCACAGGCAUGACCACAGACACAACAACAGACGACUCCUCCCUCCCCCCGGAGGACCAGACGGAACCUGUCGACCUGUCACUCGGCAAGCCACGCCCCUCCCUGCCCGUCUCUACGCCAACCACCACAGCCAACCCCGCCCCGAGUUCUGUGGCGAUGCCCAUGCUGUCGGCAACCCCCAUCCCUACGGUAACCUUCCUAGACACCAUGAUGCUCUCCCCUGGCUCCAUCCUAGCGUCCACCCAGGGGGCAGGCGGUCAGCAGAUCCUGCAUGUCAUCCACACCAUCCCGUCGGUCAACAUGCCCAGUAAGAUGGGCCAGCUACAGACCAUUCCCGUGGUGGUCCAGUCUCUGCCCGUAGUCUACACAACCAUUCCCACGGACGGGGUGGCCACCGCUGCCAUCACAGUCCCGCUCAUUGGGAGCGACGGGCGCUCGGAGGGAUCCGUGCGUAUCAAGCCUGGCUCGAUGUCUCCAGUGGAGUACCAGAGUGACAGUGAUGUGGAGAGUGGGACAGAGUCGGGUUCAGCGUCCUUCAGUACACAGGGCCUGGACACAGGGUCAGGCGUAGAUAUGGACAUGCAGGUGGAUCCUGAUUCGCCGGAUAUGAAGAGGAGGCGUGUCCAUAUGUGUGACUAUGAUGGCUGUAACAAGGUGUACACCAAGAGCUCACACCUCAAAGCCCACCGCAGGAUACACACAGGAGAGAAGCCGUACCACUGUACAUGGGAGGGUUGUACCUGGAGGUUUGCCCGGUCAGACGAGCUGACACGACACUUCCGUAAACACACGGGCAUCAAGCCCUUCCGCUGCACCGACUGUGACCGAUCCUUCUCCCGGUCCGACCACCUAGCCCUGCACCGGAGACGCCACGUCAUGAUGUGAACCAUGACCCCUGACCUUUGACCUUUAAACCUUAACCCUCUGCUACCUUUGCCCUCCAACCCAUCACCUCCCUGCCCCAGCCCCCCUCGCGACUCAGAUGGAACUCAGAUGGGAGGACCUGAACCUUGAACUCUGACCCAUAUAGGUUCUCUGCUGUGUCACUUCCUGUUACUGUUCCCCCUCCUCUCCUCUCUCUAGGUAAAAACUAACAAAGGUUAAGACAACGUAACAAUUCCAUGCGGGAGCGUUUGAAAAUAAACUAAUUAAUUGGACCAGCGGCAUUGCUGAUUCUACAGGAUUAGCAUUGAAAAUGUCACCAGUGGUCGGGAAAUCAAAUAUUAAAGUGGCUGUAAAUAAUUUGAAAAACAUUUUAAUUAAUAGAAUGAAGGUAAAACAGUUAUGUUAUGUGUUUGCGGAGUAGUUAGCUGAAAUUCACUACGAUUGUGUUUAUUUUCCACUUUGAUGGCGAGCUUUCUGUACUGCUAACAUUCACUUCCAGUCAUUGGAGAGAGACAGAGGACAUACUUUGAAAUGAUGCAGGGAUACCUACACCACACACUCAGCUCAGAGCAAGAAGAGG